AUGGACCCCCAAGAGGUCACGCGACUGGCCAAAAAAGUCUGGGCCAGAUACAAGCUGGCCGAGCCCACCAAGCGAGUCCUCAUCGGCAUCGCAGGCAUUCCCGGCGCCGGCAAGACAACCCUAGCGCGCCGCGUGACCGAUGAGGUGAAAGCAAUCCAGCUCGCCGAGGACGGGACGGCCAGGGGCGACUUCGUAGCCGCCCUCCCGAUGGACGGAUUCCAUCUCACGCGCGCGCAGCUGGCCGAAAUGCCGGAUCCCGAGACGGCCAUUCACCGCCGCGGCGCCGCCUUCACCUUUGACGGUGAGGGAUUUUAUUCGCUGGUGCGGGAGCUCUCCCACCCAAUCGGGGGGGAUGCUGGAGCAGAAGGCACCUCAACCAUCUAUGCGCCCGACUUCGAUCACGCCGUCAAGGAUCCGGUGGCCAACAGCAUUGCCAUCACGGACAAGACGCGCAUCGUCAUCAUCGAGGGUAACUACCUGGCUCUUGACAGGGAGCCGUGGAAGUCGGCCGCCUCGCUGCUCGAUGAGAUAUGGUUUGCCAGUGUCGGGCGAGAGGUUGCACGGGAGAGGCUGGCCAAGAGACACGUCGAGGCGGGUAUUGUACAUGACGAGGAGGCGGCAAGGGACAGGAUCAGGACGACGGACUUCCUCAACGCCGAUGACAUUGAGCAGAAUUUGCUGCCGGUGAGCGAAAGGCUCAAGUGUGGUUGA